AUAUUGACAUCUCCGUUCGCUUCACACUGAUUCAGGUUGUUAAAAUUACAGCUCGAGGACAGCAGAUACGGGCGAUACUCUCCUCACUCACAGUCCACCCAUCACUCCACCGUCUACCGCAACAACGUCAUCAAUUGGAGUCACCAUCCGAUCUACACCCCGGAUCAAUCGCGGAUCUCUCAACCGGCAUCAUGUCCACCACGUCGUCCCAGCCGCAAAACCCCAAGUCUCUCUUCGUUCACCAGACUUCUGGGGCUGCUGGCUCUACAGAGGGGACCAAAGAUGAACACACCGGGCUAACCAAACUCCCCAAUGGCGUCGUCCUAGACAAGGACGGGAAGCCAUGUCGCCUCUGCACCUCCGCCGCAUCCUGGCGCUCUCUUACCAAACAAGCCAAAACUUCGCCCUCCUCCUCUUCCUCAUCCUCCUCCUCAUCCACCCCCGCCUCAAGCACAACAUCCACCUCAACCCCACCUCCCCCAAAACCAUCAUCCCCAACAACAGCCGCCUCCGCCGCCGCCUUCACCACCGCAGCAGCAGCAUCAACCACCCUCCCAAGCGAAUCCCAAACCCAAUGCCCCCCGGACGUCGAAGAACUCGGCCGCUCAACCUGGACCCUCCUGCACUCCAUGACAGCCGCCUACCCAGCGCGCGCCUCGCCCGAGCAACAAACCGACAUGCAGUCCUUCCUGCGCCUCUUCGGCCGCCUGUACCCGUGCUGGGUGUGCGCAGACGACUUCCGCACCUGGAUGGCGGAGCCGAGUGGGCGCAACCAGCCGCGGCUGGGUGGGCGCUCCGAGUUCGGGACGUGGAUGUGUGAGGCGCAUAAUGCUGUUAAUCGGAAGUUGGGGAAGAGGGAAUUUGAUUGUCGGUUUUGGGAGGAGAGGUGGAGGACGGGGUGGAAGGAUGGGAGGUGUGAUUGAUUGACCUCUUUUUCUCUUUCUCUCUAUCUUCCUGGGUGGAUGUGGGUGUGCUUUUAUCUGCCCCGUUUUAGACAAGGCAUUUGGUGGAUGAGAGAUGAUGUAUUUUUGAUGUACUAUAUUAUAUACUGUUCCACUCUACUGAUUUUUGUAUAAUCAAUGCACUCUUGGUUAUCGAAUGAAAU